AUGCCAUUGGUGCCUGACACAUGUGUUAAAUGCAAGAGACCUGUUAAAUCAUCUGUUAUUUGUAACACUUGUCAACAGCAUUUUCAUCCUGGUUGUGCACGAGAUUAUGUAAAAAACAGGCCGCUCACUGAUUGUUGCAGAAAACAAUUUAACUAUCUCCUGGGAAAUUUAGAUGCAAAAACGAGACUUGCUUCGAUAAAAUCUACUAGCUCUAACACCUCCUCAGUUUCUAGUUUCAAGUCUGCCAGCUCUUCACCUCUUGAUCAUACAUUUAAAGCUCGUGGAUCUACCUCACUUGUUCGCUUAUCCACAGCUCGUGCAUCAACCUCAUUGAAAUCACCCGUCACACCAAAUACACCGAUAUCUCCUGGUCCAGACUCAAUGUUUCAUUCAUCUAUUCCAUCACCAGAAAUGUUGCAGCUACCUUCAGACUGGUUUGAAAAGUCACUUGAUGAUAAGAUGACAACUAUGAUGGAACAGUUCCUAUCAUCGAACAUGUCAGUGAAUAAGAAACUUGAAGAUCUUAGUACGCAAAUUACUGAUCUCAAAAAUUCACAAGCUGCUACUGUGGCUGACCUUUCGGAAGUUAAGAUUAGUGUAAAAACAAAUGCUGAGUCAAUUUCGGAGUUGAACUCGGAAAUUAAAAAAUUAAAAGAAGAUUAUAAAUCUAAUAUGAAUACAAUGCAUAAUAAUCUAGCAGAUCUGAACAAGAUAGUCAAUCUUGAAAACAGAGAAACUUCGUCUAUUUCAUCUCUAUCAGGAAGUACAACUGAGUUGGUAAUUGCAGGUAUUCCCAAUUCGGUGGCUGAUAAUUUAUCGCCUUCUGAAAUUCAGUCUGCUGUUUUAAAUGCCCUAGAGUUGCCGCAUCUGGUCAGUGACGUUUUGAGCGUUCGCGAAUUUCAAAAUAAAAAUAGACCGAGACAAGAUAAGGUUAAUCAUUAUUAUCUUGUGGAUUUGAAGUCUUCUCGAGUGCGUGAUUUCAUUAUAAGUUCGAAACGCAAGUCAAAAAAUCUUUUAGCUAAAAUUGUGUUUCCGGACUAUGUUGAUCAAAACUUCAAAGGUGCUAUAUACGUCAAUGAAUUUUUACUGCCUGAGAUAUAUAAACUGCUUUUACAAACUAAAGAAAAGGCUAAAUUAAAAAAGUUCAAGUAUGUUUGGGUGACAAGCGGACAGAUUUUUGUGAAGAGAGAUAACGGCUCUGAAAUUCUUAAAAUAAAUUGUGUUUCUGAUCUUGCUAAACUUGAUUAA